ACGGGGGGCCGGAGGGCUCAGAACGGUCCAAUCGCUGGCCGCAAGGCUCCGGCGAACCAAUGGGAGCGCAGCGGCUGCGGCGUCCGAACAGCGCCUCUAGUUUUUCCCGCGAAACUGGGCGGCUGAGCGUGGAGGUUCUUGUCUCCCCUGGUUUGUGAAGUGCGGAAAACCAGAGGCGCAGUCAUGUCGGGAUUCGACGAUCCUGGCAUUUUCUACAGCGACAGCUUCGGGGGCGACGCCCAGGCCGACGAGGGGCAGGCCCGCAAAUCGCAGCUGCAGAGGCGCUUCAAGGAGUUCCUGCGGCAGUACCGAGUGGGCACCGACCGCACGGGCUUCACCUUCAAAUACAGGGAUGAACUCAAGCGGCAUUACAACCUGGGGGAGUACUGGAUUGAGGUGGAGAUGGAGGAUCUGGCCAGCUUUGAUGAGGACCUGGCCGACUACUUGUACAAGCAGCCAGCUGAGCACCUGCAGCUGCUGGAGGAAGCUGCCAAGGAGGUAGCUGAUGAGGUGACCCGUCCCCGGCCUUCUGGGGAGGAGGUGCUCCAGGACAUCCAGGUCAUGCUCAAGUCGGAUGCCAGCCCUUCCAGCAUUCGUAGCCUGAAGUCGGACAUGAUGUCACACCUGGUGAAGAUCCCUGGCAUCAUCAUCGCGGCCUCUGCGGUCCGUGCCAAGGCCACCCACAUCUCUAUCCAGUGCCGCAGCUGCCGCAACACCCUCACCAACAUUGCCAUGCGCCCUGGCCUGGAGGGCUAUGCCCUGCCCAGGAAGUGCAACACAGAUCAGGCUGGGCGCCCCAAAUGCCCACUGGACCCGUACUUCAUCAUGCCCGACAAAUGCAAAUGCGUGGACUUCCAGACCCUGAAGCUGCAGGAGCUGCCUGAUGCAGUCCCCCACGGGGAGAUGCCCAGACACAUGCAGCUCUACUGCGACAGGUACCUAUGUGACAAGGUCGUCCCUGGGAACAGGGUUACCAUCAUGGGCAUCUACUCUAUCAAGAAGUUUGGCCUGACUUCCAGCAGGGGCCGUGACAGGGUGGGCGUGGGCAUCCGAAGCUCCUACAUCCGUGUCCUGGGCAUCCAGGUGGACACAGAUGGCUCUGGCCGCAGCUUUGCUGGGGCCGUGAGCCCCCAGGAGGAGGAGGAGUUCCGUCGCCUGGCCGUUCUCCCCAAUGUCUAUGAGGUCAUCUCCAAGAGCAUCGCCCCCUCCAUCUUUGGGGGCACGGACAUGAAGAAGGCCAUUGCCUGUCUGCUCUUUGGGGGCUCCCGAAAGAGGCUCCCUGAUGGACUUACUCGCCGAGGAGACAUCAACCUGCUGAUGCUAGGGGACCCUGGGACAGCCAAGUCCCAGCUUCUGAAGUUUGUGGAGAAGUGUUCUCCCAUUGGGGUAUACACGUCUGGGAAAGGCAGCAGCGCAGCUGGACUGACAGCCUCGGUGAUGAGGGACCCUUCGUCCCGGAAUUUCAUCAUGGAGGGUGGAGCCAUGGUCCUGGCUGAUGGUGGGGUUGUCUGUAUUGACGAGUUUGACAAGAUGCGAGAAGAUGACCGUGUGGCAAUCCACGAAGCCAUGGAGCAGCAGACCAUCUCUAUCGCCAAGGCCGGGAUCACCACCACCCUGAACUCCCGCUGCUCCGUCCUGGCUGCUGCCAACUCAGUGUUCGGCCGCUGGGAUGAGACGAAGGGGGAGGACAACAUCGACUUCAUGCCUACCAUCUUGUCGCGCUUCGACAUGAUCUUCAUCGUCAAGGAUGAGCACAAUGAGGAGAGGGAUGUGAUGCUGGCCAAGCAUGUCAUCACUCUGCACGUGAGCGCACUGACGCAGACACAGGCCGUGGAGGGCGAGAUUGACCUGGCCAAGCUGAAGAAGUUUAUUGCCUACUGCCGAGCGAAGUGUGGCCCCCGGCUGUCAGCAGAGGCUGCAGAGAAACUGAAGAACCGCUACAUCAUCAUGCGGAGUGGAGCCCGUCAGCACGAGAGGGACAGUGACCGCCGCUCCAGCAUCCCUAUCACUGUGCGGCAGCUGGAGGCCAUCGUGCGCAUCGCGGAAGCCCUCAGCAAGAUGAAGCUGCAGCCCUUCGCCACAGAGGCAGAUGUGGAGGAGGCCCUGCGGCUCUUCCAAGUGUCCACAUUGGAUGCUGCCUUGUCUGGUACCCUGUCAGGGGUGGAGGGCUUCACCAGCCAGGAGGACCAGGAGAUGCUGAGCCGCAUCGAGAAGCAGCUCAAGCGCCGCUUUGCCAUUGGCUCCCAGGUGUCUGAGCACAGCAUCAUCAAGGACUUCACCAAGCAGAAUGGGGAUAAUGGAAUCCGCCUCCUGGGACUGUCACGAGAAUUAGAUGAGGGAUUUUGGAAAGAACAUGGCCCACGGUUGAGUUCCGGAGUAGAGAGGCUGCUUCCUCUCUGGGUGACCUUAUUCCACCUCUCUGAACUUGAGUUUCCCAAUCUGCAGAACAGGGGGAAGGAAAACUGCCUCCCGGGACUGCUGGGAUUAAAUGAGAUAGUGCCUAGAAAGCCCUUGCAGGAAGACCCCCUCCAGGGUCACACACCUCUCUCUUUCCCUCCCUUGUCCCUUUCCCUCUCCCCUCCUGGGACAGACUCCAGGGGAGGAAGCGCUGUCUCUAAGUGGGUGAGGACUUGCCCAGACUCGCCCGCCCGACUCCGCCUGGUUUCUACGUUGCCACCCUUUUGUCACCGAAUGGCCACCUUCGGGGUUGGCCCUUUCACUCCCACUGGAAAAUCCAGCCGGGGCCACAGUCACUGACCAGGGACUUCUGAAGACAGGAGGAGCAUCGAAUGAGAAGAUCCAGCCAACAACCUGGUCCCCACGGCAACACGUUGACACUGGUCCUCUCUACCUGAGGCCUCGUCUGGGGCUCCCCAGAUCUUCAGAAGUGGUUCUACUUUUAUGCCCCAUUUGUCAAUGAGGAAAGAGUUAGGAAUCCAGAGAAAAACCCAGGUCCAUCUGACUCCAAGACCAGCGCUCUGUCCGCUCAUGCUUUUCCAUGUCAGAAGGCUGUGUGUGUUGAGGAGGGGUCUACCCACUCCUCCAUCCCCCAAGCCCUCAGGAAAUAAAGAGAGUCCAACACA